AUGCACUCGGCACAAACGCACAAAAAUCUACAUUUCAAGGACCCGGUCGCCUGUGCUAAUGCCAUAAAACACCUCAAGGAAAUGGUUUCCAACAACCGCAUGGUAUUAUCGUCUUCUUCUUCAGAGGAAGACACCAGUGAAAGUUCUAAAGUAUUCAACCUCUGGGAAUACCACCAAGGACUAGCCCAUAAACGCUCUAGUUCAAGGGCGUCCAGCAGCAGGAAAACUAAUAGUAAUUCACCAUCAGAUCAACUUGUUAUGAAUUAUCUGUCAGCACCAGUCAGUCCUUUAAAGCAAAAUCCUUUAGAAACUUGGGAAGAUAUGAAAUCGGUUUUUCCAUUAAUUUACAUGGAAGCUCAAAAAGUAUUUUGUGUUGUUGCGACGUCUGUUCCUUCCGAAAGGCUAUUCUCCAAAGCUGGAGCUACUCUUUCCAAAGAAAGAAACAGAUUAUUGGGCAAAAGACUUUUUAAGCUGUUGUUCCUGGGGUCUAUUGAUGACUGUUAUUGGCUUGAUAAUGUAUAA